GAUAUCGACUCGUCUUUGAACUUUGUCCUUCGUCGACCUCUUCAUGCACUUUCAUCCGGCCUCUUCUACCUAUUGAGUCUGAACGCUUCCCGGCAUAUUAAAGAUACCGAUUUUACCUCAAUCAUCUCGGUUGUCCUAAACGCCUCGUGUCCUGCCGCCCCGCCAUGGAGGGCUUUGAUACCAUGGCUAUGCCUUACCUGGCCAGCCCGUUAUCGCUCGGUAAUAUGCAGAGCACCGAUUACCUCAAUUCAAUGUCCGGCAUGGACCUGCCUGAACAACGUUCUAAUUUCGACUCCGAAACAUUCGUGAGUGGGGACGACAUCGCAUUUUCUCAACAUGCUUUACCUCCCGCAUCGUUGAAACGAUUUCCUUCUGGUUAUGAAGAUCCGUUUACAGACAUGGUCGCUCCGUUCGAACCUGCGCCGCCCGAGCAACCUCCUGAUUCUAUAGAUCAUAACAAUAAACUACUGAGCUUCUCCAUGCCUGCGUACGGCUUCACUCUCUUAGAUUACUCUCUACGCCGCACCUCAAUAUCGCUCUCUGCUCAGCUGCACGGCAUGUUCUUUCUUGCAGAGUCGCCUUGGACCACAUCCCCUGCCGAGAAUGCCCCGCCUCAGCAGGGAGCGGAGCUGACGUGCUACCGCCGAAACCUGUUUCAGAUAACAGGCUCUGUUACCCUCCCACGGAGCUUACGCUACAUUAUGACGGAGCAAGGCGACCGGAUCCCUAUUUUGGCCCAAGAACUCACUGUGUCUGCUACGGAGUCCGUUGAAGGCAAUUCCGUCAAGAUAAUCUCGGUUCCUUGGAAGACACCCGCCGCAAAUGUGAAUCCUACAGCUGAAGAUGGGAACAAUGUUUCCAGCGGAAACGGCGGUAACCCUAAUAGCAACAAUCCUACUAUCAAGGUUGAAAAGGAGCCACCUCCGAUUCCAUUAGAUAUCAUGGCCGGACAAGACCUUGAUACGGACUACGCCACCUUCCCUAUUGCCUGGAAACGACUUCAAUUCCGCGUUGCUACUGCGAAUAAUGGGCGCAGAAAAGAGCUCCAACAACACUUCGUUAUUCGUUUGAAGGUUGUAGCUACGCUGUCUACCGGUGCCAAGAUACCAGUCUGCGAGGUACAGUCAGGCCCUGUCAUAGUCCGGGGCCGGAGCCCACGCAAUUUCCAGUCUCGCAAGGACUUGCCAUUGAGCAAUAGUGCUGCGGCGUCGCGCAAAAGCGCACAAGCAGCUCAGUCGGCUGCUGUCAACCGAACCCCAACCGGUGAUUCUGCGCCACAUGCACCGGCCAAGGCCAAAGCCACAUUGAAGAGCAGUUCCCCAGAGACGUCUACGUCCCAAGGUGGUGUAGUUGGCCAACAAGCUUCCCCGGAUUGGGCGCAAGUGCCGCCUCCCGUUGGCGGUGCGCAUCCAUCGACGACUUUGCCUCACUCGACGGUAUAUACUCAGUCUAGCCCGGAGUUCUCACGGCCUACAGAAGCCCAGCGACAUCCAGUUGCUGCCCCCAUCAAUCUAUCGCUCCUCGAAGAUGAUGAUGGCAAUGAUUCGGUCAACCCAGCUGAUUCGGCCAGGCCGGCCUCCUCAUAUACAAAUGAUAUGUCACACAAGCUUAUGAACAUGGAUAAUUCUGCAGCCCCUCCGGCCAAGAUGCGCAAGUUGUCUCAUGGCUUACCCGAAACACAAUCGCGAAGCUCGUCCUCUCUACCCUUACUGAAUAAUACCAAUAUGCAGCAGCCCUUCGCUUCGACGCUCCCAUUUCCAAAUGAGAGCGCUGACUUGUUAUAUGAGUAUUUCCCCUUGGGCUUGGAUGAUUGGCAAGCACCAGUCGAUGCAGUAUAUCGACCACAUGUAGUGCACCAUACAAACCUACCUGAAGUGAAGUUUGUUGCUGCGCGCGGACGAAGCAAACGAUAUUUCGCUGCAGAAGAUGUCUUUUGACGAUGAAAUGGGUGAUGAGAGCCAUCGGGGUUGGUUUCAUGCAUCUGCAGUCGGGCUUGAGAGCAGUUUCCUAGACUCCAGCAACUGCUCCAAUUGUUUCUUUGAUUGCUUGUGCAUCCUGCGUUCGCCCACACUGCCUGGCAGGCUGGUUGAAUAUGCACCAGAGCUCUUCCUCUGGCAG